GGCACUCCCAGGUAACCCAUCUCUUUCGUUCAUGGUUUAAGCCUCCGAAAAUGGUAUCCAAUCACCGCCCGAUGGGGGCACCGCACUUUGUUCUCGUCUUCUUUCUCCUCCCGCUGUUCUGCUGCUUUCCCGGAGGAGCACCGGAUCUGGCGGCCGACGGGGCGGCGCUCCUGGCCUUCCGCGCUGCCGUGGGGCGGGCGGCGCGGCGGUGGAACGCGUCGGCGACUCCGUGCUCGUGGGUGGGUGUGAAGUGCGACGGCGGCCGCGUCACCCAGCUCCACCUUCCGGGCUCGGGUCUCAUAGGCCAGAUUCCGGCUGGGACCCUCGGCAACCUCACGGCGCUCCAGUCGGUCAGUCUCCGGUUCAACGCCCUCUCCGGGCCCCUCCCGCCGGACCUCUCCGGCUGCAAAGAGCUCCGGGCCGUCCAUCUCAAUGGGAACCGUUUCUCCGGCGGGAUCCCUACCGGCUUGUUCUCCCUCGGGAAGCUCGUCCGUCUCAACCUCGGCAGCAAUGACUUCACAGGCGGGAUCUCGCUUGCGUUCAACAACCUCAGCCGCCUCAAGAUGCUCUACCUCGAGAACAACAGUCUCUCCGGCGAGAUCCCCGACCUCAGCCUCCCUAACGUCGUCCAGUUCAAUGUCUCCUUCAACCCGCUCAAUGGAUCCAUCCCGGCGGGGCUCCGCGGUAUGAAGCCGGACGCAUUCUUGGGCACCCACCUCUGCGGCAGGCCGCUGCGCGCCUGCCGCGGCGAGAUAUCACCGGCUUCGCCACCCUCGCCGUCGCCGGCGCCAGGGAUAAGCGGCGGGACCAAUGCUGGCGGGGGAAAGAACAGCAAGCUCUCCGGCGGGGCGAUCGCCGGGAUCGCCAUCGGCGCCGCCGUCGUGUUACUGAUCGUGGUGGCACUUCUCAUCAUCAUCUGCCGGAGGGGAGGAGGGAGCAAGACGCGGACGGUGGCGGCGGCCGUUGGGGUUGGGAAGCCGCCGGAAUCUGACACGGCGCCGAGGGACAAGGGGACAGCCGAGAACGGGACGGGGUCGCAUCCGCCGGCGGCGGCGGCGGCGGCGGCGGCGGCGGCGGCGGGCGGGAACGUGAAGAGCCUGGCGUUCUUCGGCGGGGGGCCGAGGGUUUACGAUCUGGAGGAUUUGCUGAGGGCUUCGGCGGAGGUGCUGGGGAAGGGGACGACAGGGACGACGUAUAAGGCAAUGCUGGAGAUGGGGAUGGUGGUGGCGGUGAAGAGGCUCAAGGACGUCAACCUCCCGGAAAAGGAGUUCCGGGAGAAGAUCGGCGCCAUCGGCGCGAUGGACCACCAGAACUUGGUGCCCCUGCAAGCCUUUUACUACAGCAGGGAUGAGAAGCUUCUUAUCUAUGAUUACAUGCCAAUGGGAAGCCUCUCCUCUCUUCUCCAUGGGAACAGAGUAUCUGGUCGCACACCUCUUGACUGGGAGACAAGAUCCGGCAUUGCCCUUGAUGCAGCCCGGGGCAUCGAAUACAUCCACUCCAUGGGCCCUGGAGUCUCACAUGGCAACAUCAAGUCCUCCAACAUCCUCUUGGGCAAAUCAUUGGAUGCCCAUGUCUCCGAGCAUGGCCUUGCUAAUCUAGUAGGCCCCUCCUCCACACCCAACCGUGCUGCCGGCUACCUUGCACCAGAGGUCACCGAUGUCCGAAAGGCCUCACAGAAAGGCGAUGUGUACAGUUUUGGGGUGCUUCUACUGGAACUGCUUUCGGGCAAGGCCCCAGCCCAGGCUUUCCUCAAUGAGGAGGGCAUUGAUCUGCCGAGGUGGGUUCAGUCAGUCGUCCGAGAGGAAUGGACUUCAGAGGUAUUUGAUCUUGAGCUACUAAGGUACCAGAAUGUAGAGGAGGAGAUGGUACAGCUGUUGCAGCUGGCUGUAGAUUGUGCCGCACAGUACCCAGACAGCCGUCCAUCAAUGUCGGAGGUGGUGGUCCGGAUCGAGGAGAUCUGCAGGUCAAGCCAAGCAUCCGCCCAAAGAAACCAGCAUCAGGAACACCAUGACCAAUCAUCUAAUCGUACCGAUUCCAUUGACCAGUCCAGGCCUUCUGGGUUUUGAUUCUUGACCAAAAGGAUUUGUAGUCUCAUCAAGAAACCAACAAUUGCUGUCUGUGCAAAAUUCUUUCUAGGAUCAAUGUUGGUUGUUUAGUUGUUUCCCCCUGGGAGUAAAAAGAUGGUUAUGUUCUUUUAUUUCUUUCAAUUUCGACGGUUUAUGUGGUUUUUUUCAUGUUAUUAGUUUGGUUUCUUUUUAACAUUUUUAGGAGUUUUGGAUGAUGUUAGGUUGAGUAACUUGGCUUGUAGCUCUUGAUGUUUCCUUCUUGCCUUCCAUCUCAGUUUAUUCUUUUCUUGGUGGAUGAGAAAAGAAACUGGUUGUUCAUUGAUGUAAUUAUAUUUUACGGUUUCUGAAUAUUUUGAGCGCUGUUAAUAUUUGAUGAUGCUUCAGUUUCUUAAUGGUGGAACAUGAGACCUUUUAUUCUGUUAGGUGAACCAACACACACCAUUUUGAUGCUGGUGUCCAUGAUAUUUUUUAUUUGAAUAGUGGAAGGUGACAUGUUGUUCA